UAUUCUAUCUACGUGAAGAUGAACGAUAACAAUUACAAAACAUCAAUGAUUUUUUGCAAUUUCUUUUGUAAUGAUUAUUGAUUAUACCAGUACCGCGGAUUGUCAAUGUAAGCUGGGCAUGGAUCUUGCAUUUGUAAUACCUGUGAAACUACUAAUAUUCUAUCUACGUUGAAGAUGAACGAUAACAAUUACAUAAACAUCAAUGAUUUUUUGCAAUUUCUUUUGUAAUGAUUAUUGAUUAUACCAGUACCGCGGAUUGUCAAUGUAAGCUGGGCAUGGAUCUUGCAUUUGUAAUACCUGUGAAACUACUAAUAUUCUAUCUACGUUGAAGAUGAACGAUAACAAUUACAUAAACAUCAAUGAUUUUUUGCAAUUUCUUUUGUAAUGAUUAUUGAUUAUACCAGUACCGCGGAUUGUCAAUGUAAGCUGGGCAUGGAUCUUGCAUUUGUAAUACCUGUGAAACUACUAAUAUUCUAUCUACGUUGAAGAUGAACGAUAACAAUUACAUAAACAUCAAUGAUUUUUUGCAAUUUCUUUUGUAAUGAUUAUUGAUUAUACCAGUACCGCGGAUUGUCAAUGUAAGCUGGGCAUGGAUCUUGCAUUUGUAAUACCUGUGAAACUACUAAUAUUCUAUCUACGUUGAAGAUGAACGAUAACAAUUACAUAAACAUCAAUGAUUUUUUGCAAUUUCUUUUGUAAUGAUUAUUGAUUAUACCAGUACCGCGGAUUGUCAAUGUAAGCUGGGCAUGGAUCUUGCAUUUGUAAUACCUGUGAAACUACUAAUAUUCUAUCUACGUUGAAGAUGAACGAUAACAAUUACAUAAACAUCAAUGAUUUUUUGCAAUUUCUUUUGUAAUGAUUAUUGAUUAUACCAGUACCGCGGAUUGUCAAUGUAAGCUGGGCAUGGAUCUUGCAUUUGUAAUACCUGUGAAACUACUAAUAUUCUAUCUACGUUGAAGAUGAACGAUAACAAUUACAUAAACAUCAAUGAUUUAUUGCAAUUUCUUUUGUAAUGAUUAUUGAUUAUACCAGUACCGCGGAUUGUCAAUGUAAGCUGGGCAUGGAUCUUGCAUUUGUAAUACCUGUGAAACUACUAAUAUUCUAUCUACGUUGAAGAUGAACGAUAACAAUUACAUAAACAUCAAUGAUUUUUUGCAAUUUCUUUUGUAAUGAUUAUUGAUUAUACCAGUACCGCGGAUUGUCAAUGUAAGCUGGGCAUGGAUCUUGCAUUUGUAAUACCUGUGAAACUACUAAUAUUCUAUCUACGUUGAAGAUGAACGAUAACAAUUACAUAAACAUCAAUGAUUUUUUGCAAUUUCUUUUGUAAUGAUUAUUGAUUAUACCAGUACCGCGGAUUGUCAAUGUAAGCUGGGCAUGGAUCUUGCAUUUGUAAUACCUGUGAAACUACUAAUAUUCUAUCUACGUUGAAGAUGAACGAUAACAAUUACAUAAACAUCAAUGAUUUUUUGCAAUUUCUUUUGUAAUGAUUAUUGAUUAUACCAGUACCGCGGAUUGUCAAUGUAAGCUGGGCAUGGAUCUUGCAUUUGUAAUACCUGUGAAACUACUAAUAUUCUAUCUACGUUGAAGAUGAACGAUAACAAUUACAUAAACAUCAAUGAUUUUUUGCAAUUUCUUUUGUAAUGAUUAUUGAUUAUACCAGUACCGCGGAUUGUCAAUGUAAGCUGGGCAUGGAUCUUGCAUUUGUAAUACCUGUGAAACUACUAAUAUUCUAUCUACGUUGAAGAUGAACGAUAACAAUUACAUAAACAUCAAUGAUUUUUUGCAAUUUCUUUUGUAAUGAUUAUUGAUUAUACCAGUACCGCGGAUUGUCAAUGUAAGCUGGGCAUGGAUCUUGCAUUUGUAAUACCUGUGAAACUACUAAUAUUCUAUCUACGUUGAAGAUGAACGAUAACAAUUACAUAAACAUCAAUGAUUUUUUGCAAUUUCUUUUGUAAUGAUUAUUGAUUAUACCAGUACCGCGGAUUGUCAAUGUAAGCUGGGCAUGGAUCUUGCAUUUGUAAUACCUGUGAAACUACUAAUAUUCUAUCUACGUUGAAGAUGAACGAUAACAAUUACAUAAACAUCAAUGAUUUUUUGCAAUUUCUUUUGUAAUGAUUAUUGAUUAUACCAGUACCGCGGAUUGUCAAUGUAAGCUGGGCAUGGAUCUUGCAUUUGUAAUACCUGUGAAACUACUAAUAUUCUAUCUACGUUGAAGAUGAACGAUAACAAUUACAUAAACAUCAAUGAUUUUUUGCAAUUUCUUUUGUAAUGAUUAUUGAUUAUACCAGUACCGCGGAUUGUCAAUGUAAGCUGGGCAUGGAUCUUGCAUUUGUAAUACCUGUGAAACUACUAAUAUUCUAUCUACGUUGAAGAUGAACGAUAACAAUUACAUAAACAUCAAUGAUUUUUUGCAAUUUCUUUUGUAAUGAUUAUUGAUUAUACCAGUACCGCGGAUUGUCAAUGUAAGCUGGGCAUGGAUCUUGCAUUUGUAAUACCUGUGAAACUACUAAUAUUCUAUCUACGUUGAAGAUGAACGAUAACAAUUACAUAAACAUCAAUGAUUUUUUGCAAUUUCUUUUGUAAUGAUUAUUGAUUAUACCAGUACCGCGGAUUGUCAAUGUAAGCUGGGCAUGGAUCUUGCAUUUGUAAUACCUGUGAAACUACUAAUAUUCUAUCUACGUUGAAGAUGAACGAUAACAAUUACAUAAACAUCAAUGAUUUUUUGCAAUUUCUUUUGUAAUGAUUAUUGAUUAUACCAGUACCGCGGAUUGUCAAUGUAAGCUGGGCAUGGAUCUUGCAUUUGUAAUACCUGUGAAACUACUAAUAUUCUAUCUACGUUGAAGAUGAACGAUAACAAUUACAUAAACAUCAAUGAUUUUUUGCAAUUUCUUUUGUAAUGAUUAUUGAUUAUACCAGUACCGCGGAUUGUCAAUGUAAGCUGGGCAUGGAUCUUGCAUUUGUAAUACCUGUGAAACUACUAAUAUUCUAUCUACGUUGAAGAUGAACGAUAACAAUUACAUAAACAUCAAUGAUUUUUUGCAAUUUCUUUUGUAAUGAUUAUUGAUUAUACCAGUACCGCGGAUUGUCAAUGUAAGCUGGGCAUGGAUCUUGCAUUUGUAAUACCUGUGAAACUACUAAUAUUCUAUCUACGUUGAAGAUGAACGAUAACAAUUACAUAAACAUCAAUGAUUUUUUGCAAUUUCUUUUGUAAUGAUUAUUGAUUAUACCAGUACCGCGGAUUGUCAAUGUAAGCUGGGCAUGGAUCUUGCAUUUGUAAUACCUGUGAAACUACUAAUAUUCUAUCUACGUUGAAGAUGAACGAUAACAAUUACAUAAACAUCAAUGAUUUUUUGCAAUUUCUUUUGUAAUGAUUAUUGAUUAUACCAGUACCGCGGAUUGUCAAUGUAAGCUGGGCAUGGAUCUUGCAUUUGUAAUACCUGUGAAACUACUAAUAUUCUAUCUACGUUGAAGAUGAACGAUAACAAUUACAUAAACAUCAAUGAUUUUUUGCAAUUUCUUUUGUAAUGAUUAUUGAUUAUACCAGUACCGCGGAUUGUCAAUGUAAGCUGGGCAUGGAUCUUGCAUUUGUAAUACCUGUGAAACUACUAAUAUUCUAUCUACGUUGAAGAUGAACGAUAACAAUUACAUAAACAUCAAUGAUUUUUUGCAAUUUCUUUUGUAAUGAUUAUUGAUUAUACCAGUACCGCGGAUUGUCAAUGUAAGCUGGGCAUGGAUCUUGCAUUUGUAAUACCUGUGAAACUACUAAUAUUCUAUCUACGUUGAAGAUGAACGAUAACAAUUACAUAAACAUCAAUGAUUUUUUGCAAUUUCUUUUGUAAUGAUUAUUGAUUAUACCAGUACCGCGGAUUGUCAAUGUAAGCUGGGCAUGGAUCUUGCAUUUGUAAUACCUGUGAAACUACUAAUAUUCUAUCUACGUUGAAGAUGAACGAUAACAAUUACAUAAACAUCAAUGAUUUUUUGCAAUUUCUUUUGUAAUGAUUAUUGAUUAUACCAGUACCGCGGAUUGUCAAUGUAAGCUGGGCAUGGAUCUUGCAUUUGUAAUACCUGUGAAACUACUAAUAUUCUAUCUACGUUGAAGAUGAACGAUAACAAUUACAUAAACAUCAAUGAUUUUUUGCAAUUUCUUUUGUAAUGAUUAUUGAUUAUACCAGUACCGCGGAUUGUCAAUGUAAGCUGGGCAUGGAUCUUGCAUUUGUAAUACCUGUGAAACUACUAAUAUUCUAUCUACGUUGAAGAUGAACGAUAACAAUUACAUAAACAUCAAUGAUUUUUUGCAAUUUCUUUUGUAAUGAUUAUUGAUUAUACCAGUACCGCGGAUUGUCAAUGUAAGCUGGGCAUGGAUCUUGCAUUUGUAAUACCUGUGAAACUACUAAUAUUCUAUCUACGUUGAAGAUGAACGAUAACAAUUACAUAAACAUCAAUGAUUUUUUGCAAUUUCUUUUGUAAUGAUUAUUGAUUAUACCAGUACCGCGGAUUGUCAAUGUAAGCUGGGCAUGGAUCUUGCAUUUGUAAUACCUGUGAAACUACCAAUAUUCUAUCUACGUUGAAGAUGAACGAUAACAAUUACAUAAACAUCAAUUAUUUUUUGCAAUUUCUUUUGUAAUGAUUAUUGAUUAUACCAGUACCGCGGAUUGUCAAUGUAAGCUGGGCAUGGAUCUUGCAUUUGUAAUACCUGUGAAACUACCAAUAUUCUAUCUACGUUGAAGAUGAACGAUAACAAUUACAUAAACAUCAAUGAUUUUUUGCAAUUUCUUUUGUAAUGAUUAUUGAUUAUACCAGUACCGCGGAUUGUCAAUGUAAGCUGGGCAUGGAUCUUGCAUUUGUAAUACCUGUGAAACUACCAAUAUUCUAUCUACGUUGAAGAUGAACGAUAACAAUUACAUAAACAUCAAUGAUUUUUUGCAAUUUCUUUUGUAAUGAUUAUUGAUUAUACCAGUACCGCGGAUUGUCAAUGUAAGCUGGGCAUGGAUCUUGCAUUUGUAAUACCUGUGAAACUACCAAUAUUCUAUCUACGUUGAAGAUGAACGAUAACAAUUACAUAAACAUCAAUGAUUUUUUGCAAUUUCUUUUGUAAUGAUUAUUGAUUAUACCAGUACCGCGGAUUGUCAAUGUAAGCUGGGCAUGGAUCUUGCAUUUGUAAUACCUGUGAAACUACCAAUAUUCUAUCUACGUUGAAGAUGAACGAUAACAAUUACAUAAACAUCAAUGAUUUUUUGCAAUUUCUUUUGUAAUGAUUAUUGAUUAUACCAGUACCGCGGAUUGUCAAUGUAAGCUGGGCAUGGAUCUUGCAUUUGUAAUACCUGUGAAACUACCAAUAUUCUAUCUACGUUGAAGAUGAACGAUAACAAUUACAUAAACAUCAAUGAUUUAUUGCAAUUUCUUUUGUAAUGAUUAUUGAUUAUACCAGUACCGCGGAUUGUCAAUGUAAGCUGGGCAUGGAUCUUGCAUUUGUAAUACCUGUGAAACUACCAAUAUUCUAUCUACGUUGAAGAUGAACGAUAACAAUUACAUAAACAUCAAUGAUUUAUUGCAAUUUCUUUUGUAAUGAUUAUUGAUUAUACCAGUACCGCGGAUUGUCAAUGUAAGCUGGGCAUGGAUCUUGCAUUUGUAAUACCUGUGAAACUACCAAUAUUCUAUCUACGUUGAAGAUGAACGAUAACAAUUACAUAAACAUCAAUGAUUUAUUGCAAUUUCUUUUGUAAUGAUUAUUGAUUAUACCAGUACCGCGGAUUGUCAAUGUAAGCUGGGCAUGGAUCUUGCAUUUGUAAUACCUGUGAAACUACCAAUAUUCUAUCUACGUUGAAGAUGAACGAUAACAAUUACAUAAACAUCAAUGAUUUUUUGCAAUUUCUUUUAUACCAGUACCGCGGAUUGUCAAUGUAAGCUGGGCAUGGAUCUUGCAUUUGUAAUACCUGUGAAACUACCAAUAUUCUAUCUACGUUGAAGAUGAACGAUAACAAUUACAUAAACAUCAAUGAUUUAUUGCAAUUUCUUUUGUAAAGAUUAUUGAUUAUACCAGUACCGCGGAUUGUCAAUGUAAGCUGGGCAUGGAUCUUGCAUUUGUAAUACCUGUGAAACUACCAAUAUUCUAUCUACGUUGAAGAUGAACGAUAACAAUUACAUAAACAUCAAUGAUUUUUUGCAAUUUCUUUUGUAAUGAUUAUUGAUUAUACCAGUACCGCGGAUUGUCAAUGUAAGCUGGGCAUGGAUCUUGCAUUUGUAAUACCUGUGAAACUACCAAUAUUCUAUCUACGUUGAAGAUGAACGAUAACAAUUACAUAAACAUCAAUGAUUUAUUGCAAUUUCUUUUGUAAAGAUUAUUGAUUAUACCAGUACCGCGGAUUGUCAAUGUAAGCUGGGCAUGGAUCUUGCAUUUGUAAUACCUGUGAAACUACCAAUAUUCUAUCUACGUUGAAGAUGAACGAUAACAAUUACAUAAACAUCAAUGAUUUUUUGCAAUUUCUUUUGUAAUGAUUAUUGAUUAUACCAGUACCGCGGAUUGUCAAUGUAAGCUGGGCAUGGAUCUUGCAUUUGUAAUACCUGUGAAACUACCAAUAUUCUAUCUACGUUGAAGAUGAACGAUAACAAUUACAUAAACAUCAAUGAUUUUUUGCAAUUUCUUUUGUAAUGAUUAUUGAUUAUACCAGUACCGCGGAUUGUCAAUGUAAGCUGGGCAUGGAUCUUGCAUUUGUAAUACCUGUGAAACUACCAAUAUUCUAUCUACGUUGAAGAUGAACGAUAACAAUUACAUAAACAUCAAUGAUUUUUUGCAAUUUCUUUUGUAAUGAUUAUUGAUUAUACCAGUACCGCGGAUUGUCAAUGUAAGCUGGGCAUGGAUCUUGCAUUUGUAAUACCUGUGAAACUACCAAUAUUCUAUCUACGUUGAAGAUGAACGAUAACAAUUACAUAAACAUCAAUGAUUUUUUGCAAUUUCUUUUGUAAUGAUUAUUGAUUAUACCAGUACCGCGGAUUGUCAAUGUAAGCUGGGCAUGGAUCUUGCAUUUGUAAUACCUGUGAAACUACCAAUAUUCUAUCUACGUUGAAGAUGAACGAUAACAAUUACAUAAACAUCAAUGAUUUUUUGCAAUUUCUUUUGUAAUGAUUAUUGAUUAUACCAGUACCGCGGAUUGUCAAUGUAAGCUGGGCAUGGAUCUUGCAUUUGUAAUACCUGUGAAACUACCAAUAUUCUAUCUACGUUGAAGAUGAACGAUAACAAUUACAUAAACAUCAAUGAUUUUUUGCAAUUUCUUUUGUAAUGAUUAUUGAUUAUACCAGUACCGCGGAUUGUCAAUGUAAGCUGGGCAUGGAUCUUGCAUUUGUAAUACCUGUGAAACUACCAAUAUUCUAUCUACGUUGAAGAUGAACGAUAACAAUUACAUAAACAUCAAUGAUUUUUUGCAAUUUCUUUUGUAAUGAUUAUUGAUUAUACCAGUACCGCGGAUUGUCAAUGUAAGCUGGGCAUGGAUCUUGCAUUUGUAAUACCUGUGAAACUACCAAUAUUCUAUCUACGUUGAAGAUGAACGAUAACAAUUACAUAAACAUCAAUGAUUUUUUGCAAUUUCUUUUGUAAUGAUUAUUGAUUAUACCAGUACCGCGGAUUGUCAAUGUAAGCUGGGCAUGGAUCUUGCAUUUGUAAUACCUGUGAAACUACCAAUAUUCUAUCUACGUUGAAGAUGAACGAUAACAAUUACAUAAACAUCAAUGAUUUUUUGCAAUUUCUUUUGUAAUGAUUAUUGAUUAUACCAGUACCGCGGAUUGUCAAUGUAAGCUGGGCAUGGAUCUUGCAUUUGUAAUACCUGUGAAACUACCAAUAUUCUAUCUACGUUGAAGAUGAACGAUAACAAUUACAUAAACAUCAAUGAUUUUUUGCAAUUUCUUUUGUAAUGAUUAUUGAUUAUACCAGUACCGCGGAUUGUCAAUGUAAGCUGGGCAUGGAUCUUGCAUUUGUAAUACCUGUGAAACUACCAAUAUUCUAUCUACGUUGAAGAUGAACGAUAACAAUUACAUAAACAUCAAUGAUUUUUUGCAAUUUCUUUUGUAAUGAUUAUUGAUUAUACCAGUACCGCGGAUUGUCAAUGUAAGCUGGGCAUGGAUCUUGCAUUUGUAAUACCUGUGAAACUACCAAUAUUCUAUCUACGUUGAAGAUGAACGAUAACAAUUACAUAAACAUCAAUGAUUUUUUGCAAUUUCUUUUGUAAUGAUUAUUGAUUAUACCAGUACCGCGGAUUGUCAAUGUAAGCUGGGCAUGGAUCUUGCAUUUGUAAUACCUGUGAAACUACCAAUAUUCUAUCUACGUUGAAGAUGAACGAUAACAAUUACAUAAACAUCAAUGAUUUUUUGCAAUUUCUUUUGUAAUGAUUAUUGAUUAUACCAGUACCGCGGAUUGUCAAUGUAAGCUGGGCAUGGAUCUUGCAUUUGUAAUACCUGUGAAACUACCAAUAUUCUAUCUACGUUGAAGAUGAACGAUAACAAUUACAUAAACAUCAAUGAUUUUUUGCAAUUUCUUUUGUAAUGAUUAUUGAUUAUACCAGUACCGCGGAUUGUCAAUGUAAGCUGGGCAUGGAUCUUGCAUUUGUAAUACCUGUGAAACUACCAAUAUUCUAUCUACGUUGAAGAUGAACGAUAACAAUUACAUAAACAUCAAUGAUUUUUUGCAAUUUCUUUUGUAAUGAUUAUUGAUUAUACCAGUACCGCAGAUUGUCAAUGUAAGCUGGGCAUGGAUCUUGCAUUUGUAAUACCUGUGAAACUACUAAUAUUCUAUCUACGUUGAAGAUGAACGAUAACAAUUACAUAAACAUCAAUGAUUUUUUCCAAUUUCUUUUGUAAUGAUUAUUGAUUACGCAGACACGCUUUUCGAUUGCAGACUUGUGUGUAAACGAUGGAAAGAACUAAUAGAUGAAUAUGCAUUUCAAGAAAAAGCUGCUCGAGAAAACGAGUUUAUGAAUGAUGGCCGAGGGUACUACAGUUUCUCACAAAUCAAUUCAAAUGACAUUAGAAAACUGGAUUUACCGUGGUACGUUUUUUAUGUGAUAAUCAAAUAUGAUCCAUUCAACAGAAAUUUGGUGAAAAACCACUGUGGGCAGGGCGGAUUAAACCAUUGGGGAAAUAUUACUAAUACGUUAUGGUCUAUGCCUGGUGAUUUUGAUAUGUUUAACUUUGUUGACAUGUCGUGUAUUCAACAAAUACCACAGGAUAAUCGUUAUGUUUUAUCCGAUCCAGAUUUUGAUGGAUAUACAAGUUGUUUUGUUAUUGAUUUUCAGUAUUUACGGACAAUAGAUCAACAAAUUAUAUUUAAAGAUUAUGGUUUAAAUGAAAUCGUGAUGAAAACUCUUCGACCUAAAAUUUCAUUUAGUGCAUGGUAUUAUAGAGAUAAUAGUCAACAUAUCAGUUAUACGUUACGCGCAACUGUUCACAGUAGAACAAAUGAAAUCAUAGGUCUAUGUGAUAAUGUCGAUACUGGUCUACAAAGGGAAUUUGGAUGGAAUAAAGUUUCAAAUUCGUUUGAAAUUCAAGGAGAUGAAACUUCCUUAAUUCUACACCAUUCCAUAAUGGACUCAAGGUUUUCAUGUUCGAUGACCAAUUUUAAAAUGUCGUGCUCUGUAGUUAAAAUUCCGCUACCAAUAAAAUAUAAAAAUGUUAAUUCUUACAUGUAUAUCUAAAUAUAUUCUAAUGUUUUACAUUUUAAGUUACUUAAAA